AUGGCUUCCACAAUUAGAAAUAUUAACGAGGAGUACUAUUGCCUGAAAGGGCACGAACUAGAACUGAUCAAGUCUACAAAUCAUGAUUAUAACAACAAAAGUAAUUCAUACUUCAAGUGCGACGGCUGCAAGGAACGUGGCUUUGGCGUUCGUUACUCUUGCGAUAUCUGCAAUUACGACCUCCACAAGGAAUGCUACCGCCCUUCACUCAUCAUCCAAAACCCCCAUUUCCCCGGCCACAACUUUGAUUUCCUCCGCCACCUCCCUUCCAGUUCCAAGUCCCAGACCCGAUUUUGCGAUGCAUGCGGAAAACAGAUCCUUGGGUUCGUUUACCACUGCAAGGACCGUGGCUUGGACCUCCAUCCUUGCUGCAACAAUCUGCAUCUCAAAAUCCGCUUCACCGAUACAGAAGUAAUCCUGCAGGCGGACGAAAAUAUGCAUGAUGAGGAUGGAGGAAAAAGAAAGAGCAAGGCUUGUUUUCGUUGCAAGAAAACUAUUUUAAUUGGGCCUGGGACAAACAAAAGGGUGCCGGGGUGGUCUUACGUGUCUACGUGCGGGGCUAAAUAUUGGUGUCAUGUUUAUUGUAUGAGGGAGAUGGUGAUGGAGAUUCGUCGGUCCCUUCAGACUGCCAGAUUGACGGCGGCGCCGCUUAGUAGGAGAUCGGGGACGAUGAUGAUCAGUCGUAGUAGUGCUGGAGAAGAAUCUUGGUGGGAGCCGCUGUCGGUUGCAAGUACUCUGACAGGAUUUAUCUUGGGAGAUCCGACAGCGAUGCUCACUGCUGCUUUCAUCGAAAUGUUUACGGGAUGA